AUGGCAACCCUUAAGGAAAUCCUAACGCGCCGCCCAGUCGCGGCGACGAUUCGCCUCACCGUCCCCGCGGGCGGGGCCCGACCCGCGCCGCCGGUGGGACCGGCUCUAGGUCAGUACCGGCUGAACCUGAUGGCCUUCUGCAAGGACUUCAACGCGAGAACGCAGAAGUACAAACCGGAGACGCCGAUGGCGGUGACGAUCACGGCGUUCAAGGACAACACGUUCGAGUUCACGGUGAAGUCGCCGUCGGUGACGUGGUACUUGAAGAAGGCGGCGGGGAUAGAGUCCGGGAGCGGGAGGGCGGGGCACGUGACGGCGUCGACGGUGUCGGUGAGGCACGUGUAUGAGAUCGCGAAAGUGAAGCAGUCCGAUCCGUACUGUCAGUACAUGCCGUUGGAGUCGAUCUGCAAGUCGGUUAUAGGGACGGCGAACUCCAUGGGGAUUCAGGUGGUCAAGGACUUGGAGUGAUUUCAGGGGCAAAAUCGGAAGUCGGAAACCCUAGGUUUGUUGCUUUCUUCUUCUUUUUUUUUGGAGGAAAGAUUGUGUCUUUGUAGUUUGAGAGGUUUGGUAUGAAUUUACAUGAAUAAUUGUGGAUUUUUAGUUGUAGUGUUUAGAUUUUGAAUGAGUAAAAUGAGGAUGGAGUUUGAUUUCAUUU